UUCUCCAGGUCGACGCGACGCCCCUGGACUCUGUUGACUUGUAUAAUCAUCAGGUCGCCGUGAUGAACUCAUACAAUUCAAUCCAAGAUGAAGUAAAUAACCCACUUCCACGAUAUGGGUUUCAUUGAGGUUUUACCAUCUUUCGAUUUUGAACAUGAAUCCUACCCAACUUACCAAGAUUUUGCAGUUCUUCCUCUUUUUGCUAUCUUCUUCCCAACCGCUCGAUAUUUCCUCGACGUAUAUGUUUUUGAGGGUAUUGGAAGGCGUUUAAUAUUUGGAAAGGAGCAGCAGAGACUAGAUGUUGAGACAGAAGAAAGGAAAAAGAAGAUACGGAAAUUUAAGGAAUCAGCAUGGAAAUGUGUCUAUUAUCUUUCAGCAGAAAUCCUAGCGUUGGUUGUGACUCAUGAUGAGCCCUGGUUCACUAAUACUACGAACUUUUGGACAGGUCCUGGCAGCCAGCAAUGGCCUGACCAGAAAGCAAAAUUGAAAUUGAAAGGCCUAUACAUGUAUGCGGGUGGAUUCUACACGUACUCCAUUUUUGCUUUGGUUUUCUGGGAAACAAGACGAGCUGAUUUUGGUGUGUCAAUGGGUCAUCAUGUUGCAACUUUGAUUCUCAUUGUAAUGUCUUAUAUUUGCAGGUUUGUGCGGGUUGGGUCAAUUGUUUUAGCUCUUCAUGAUGGCAGCGAUGUGUUUCUUGAAGUAGGAAAGAUGUCUAAAUACAGUGGCGCUGAAGGACUUGCAGGCAUUUCAUUUGUAUUAUUCAUGCUUUCAUGGUUAAUCCUUCGGCUUAUCAUUUACCCGUUUUGGGUCCUGUGGAGUACAAGUUAUGAACUUGUUCCGUCAUUGAACAAAGAGAAGUAUAAGACGUUGGGACCAAUCUACUACUACGCGUUCAACACCCUUCUUUUCUCCUUGCUUGUUCUUCACAUCUAUUGGUGGGUGCUAAUAUUUCGGAUGUUUCUUGGACAACUCCAAGCUAAAGGAAAACUCAGUGAUGAUGUUCGUUCAGAUUCUGAUAGUGAUAACGAACAUGAAGAUUGAUAAAUGAUUCUUGUAGCAAGAAGGUGGAUGAAAUGAAUCACAACAGGAAAGUUUCAUUAUUGGAUGGACGUGUUUAUUUGUAUGAAAUCAAUUCAAAAGGUCCGAUAAGGUAUAGCAACGAAUAGAUAGAAAGCGAAAAGUCAAUGAUUAUGCCUUCUUAAUUUGUUUAUAAGCUUGUUACCACUGAACUCGCUAUAACUUGGAAAACUUCAUCAAGAAACCUUCUCAUAUGAACCCCGCCUGGCAACUCUUGUUGUACCAUCGGAUUUCCAACAAGUUGAUUCUUAAUUUGGUUCAAGUUGUUUGCUUUUGU